AUGGGAACCGAUGUGGACCAGCGGGCGCUGAAGAAGAAGUUUGGAUUUGUCUCUCAGCUUGGCUUGGCGUUUGUGGUGCUCACAACAUGGACGUCCAUGGCGGCGUCGAUGAACAUCGCAUUGCCCUCCGGCGGCCCUGUGGCCAUUCUAUACGGCCUGAUUGUCUCUGGCGUCCUGACCAUGGCGGUGGCCCUGAGCCUGGCAGAGAUCUGCUCUGUCUAUCCCACAAAUGGAGCCCAGUAUGAGUGGACAGCCAUCCUGGCUCCACCCAAGUACCGCCGCAUCCUCAGUUACAUCUGCGGGUGGAUCGUCACUGCUUCGUGGUGGGCCCUGGCCGCCACUGGGCCGUCUCUGUUUGGCACCAUGCUGGUGGGACUCAUUCGUCUCUUCAAUGAAGACUAUAUCUUUCACCGCUGGCAUCAAUUCCUCCUGUACAUGGUCGUGGAGGUUUCGGCGUUCAUAAUUAAUACCUUUAUGACGCCAUUGAUUCCGUUUCUCAGUGAACUGUCCUUGUACAUCUCAUUGGCUGGAUUUGUUUCCAUCUCGAUUGCCCUGUUGGUCUUGACCAAAGACUCCUAUCAAUCAGCCGAAUUUGUUUUUACUGGUUUUUUGAAUGAGACUGGCUGGAGUAAUGGUCUGGCAUGGAUUCUGGGCCUGUUGCAAAGCUGUUUUUCCCUGACAGCAUAUGAUGCAGUGGCACACCUGGUGGAAGAAAUGCCCCAUCCGAGAAGGGACGCGCCGAGGACGAUCAUAAUUGCGGUUGCGUUGGGGACAUUUACCGGCUUGAUCUUUUCGAUUUGCAUUCUGUUCGCGGCGCAGAAUGUGGAUGAUAUAGUGACAUCGACCUACACGCCGAUUGUUGCCGUCUUCUACCAAGCCGCAGGCUCCCGCUGGGGCGCAGUUGGUCUCUGUUUAGUGAUUAUCUACAUCAUCUGGUUCUCAGCAUCCGAGGUGGUCACCUCCUCUGCCCGGUUGAACGCCGCUUUUGCCUACCAUCAGGGUCUCCCAUUCAGCCCAGUGUUUGCGCGGAUCAAUAAAAGACUAGACCUGCCUUUUAAUUCAAUGGUCCUCACUAUUUUCAUGGUCACCGUCUUUGGUCUCAUCUACUUGGGGACUCCAGCUGCCUUCAAUGCGAUAGUGAGCGCCUGUGUCGUCGGGCUAAAUUGCAGCUAUGCAAUGCCAAUCGCCAUGCUUGUCUUCCGCGGACGCCAUAUCCUCCCCCGAGGGCCAUUCAGUCUAGGCCGUUAUGGCUACAGUAUCAAUGUGAUUGCCUUCGUCUUCCUCAUGGUGACCAAUGUCUUUUUCUUGUUCCCACCGGACAGCCAUCCGACUGGGUCGACCAUGAACUACGCAAUUGUCGCUAUUGCUGUCGUCUUCCUCUUCGCAGCAGUCUACUGGGCUGUGCAUGGCCGGAAAGUGUACCAAGCUCCCCAAGUUCUGGACGGGUUGGAAUGCGCCAGCGAGACCAUUCAAGCAGAUACCAAGGAGGGCCAGGUUGAGGAUACAGAGGGCAUGUCGUAGCUUUGUAAUUGGUUCAUGUUUAGGG